GUUUACGACCGUUAUAUUUUUUUCUUUUGGGCCAUUAUUUUUUCUUUCAAGUGCCUUUCCCCACUUACUUUUCUGGACCCAGUUUACGGAUCUAUUUGAUACCAUGGCGGACGACGAUAACAGAAGUGAAGAUGAAAAGAUUCAGGCCAUGCUUCAACGAAAUUCCGACGCUUGGAAAGACUCACCAGCUCCUCCUGUGAAUGCUGGAAUGGAUUCACAGCAAGGACGAUCACCUCAAUCUUUUCGUAAAACACCCAUGAACGCCAUGGGGGGACUCGAUCCUAUGAUGGGCAUGAAUAUGAUGAUGAACCCUCAAUUUCAAUAUCAGCAACAAUUGCAACAAAUGCUAAUGCAACAACAACUUCAGCAACAACAACAACGCCAAAUGCAACGUACCACGACCAUUCCUCCAGAAACUCAGAAACCUCCUAUCGGCUAUGUGUGCUUCAAAUGUGGACAACCAGGUCACUGGAUUUAUUACUGUCCCAAUGUACCGAAAGGCCAAUUUGUGCCUCGCGCUGGAAGCACCAAUGGAAGUGCUCAGCAACGGACUAUGGAUCAAAAUGGUGCACAUCAGGCGCAUCAGAGACCAACGGAACUUAUUUGUCGUAUCUGUGGCAAGCUGAUGAAGGAGGCUGUUCUUAUUCCGUGCUGCGGCAAGUCUUUUUGUAAAGAAUGUACGUAUUAUGACUGUCUAUUAGUUUAUGUUAUUGUAUAUUUGUAUUUUAUGGGUCAGGCAAGUGACAAGAUACAUGCUCUUGCAAUACGUAUUCCUAUCUUCCAACUUAUUUCGGGGAAACAUCAUUGCCUGUAUGGAUACCGUGCAAAGAACAGGAGAAAAAAAAAAGGAUAUGAUGAAGGAGACGAGGCUCGCAGAAAAAGAAAAAAAAGGACCACAAAAAAAAAAGAAAGAGAGAAGAGAUAGAAGUACGAAUGAGCCUAAAUGACGCGUCAUGGACAAUGCUCCCCUGGGAACGAUGCAAUCAUUUUGCAUCUUCCCAACGAUCCUAUUUUGGCUGCCAUCAUCUUUAAAUUCUUGCAAAGAAAAUUACCAUUGCGACAGAUAGCUCAAUAGA